GCAACAGUAAACUUUAAAUGUGUUUCAAAAAACUUGUUUUUUAGAUUCUUAAACAAUUUGAACUAAUAUUGAAUUAAAUUUCUGUAUUUUGUAUUAAGUUUAUAAUUUAAUGGUUAGGUUAUAAAUCUGUUACCGUCAAAAAGAGCAAGUGAAAUCAUGUGCUUUAAAAAUAUACAUUUUGAGUAGUCGAUGCACAAAAAAACAUUUUUGUGAUAUUUGUUGUGCCUUUGAGCACUAUUGUGCCCUAGUAGAUCGAUACUUUCAAGUUUUGAAGCUUUAAAGUAAGAAUAUUGAGUUAAUAAUGCUAAAUGACAAUUGUCGAGAUGUACGAAAGUGAAAAAUGUGAUUAAUGAAUGCUUUCAUAUCAACUACAAAAAAAAUGAAAAUUGUUUUCUAUUUCAUAUUCAGUUAAAAUAUUUACUUACAUACAAUACAGACUACAAUUGAAAAAAAUUAGAUAGUGAGACAUUUUGUGUUCAAAGGCUAAAGAAAAUAUGACAAAAGUAUCAAUUGGUGAUGAAAUGGCUCCAAGAGCUGGCUUUACGCAUUCUGAAAGUGCAUCUAAAACUUCAAUCGAAACCCAUGAAGGUGUUGUAAUGAAGAAACAAAUUUCUCUUCUUGAUGGAGUUGCAAUAAUUGUGGGAGUUAUAGUCGGUUCAGGAAUAUUUGUAUCACCUAAAGGGGUUUUACUUCAUUCACAAUCUAUUGGAUUAUCACUCAUAGUUUGGAUUUUAUCUGGUGCUCUCAGUAUGGUUGGUGCUCUUUGUUAUGCUGAACUGGGAACGAUGAUACCAAAAUCCGGAGGUGACUACGCUUAUAUAUCAGUAGCAUUUGGACCUCUUCCAGCAUUCUUGUACCUUUGGGUAGCGCUAUUGAUUCUUGUGCCUACUGGAAACGCGAUAACAGCUUUAACAUUUGCUCAAUAUCUUCUAAAGCCCAAUUGGCCUGCUUGUGAUCCACCCUAUGAAGCUGUCACAUUAGUUGCUUGCUUAGUAACGUGCGUCCUAACUGCAAUCAACUGUUAUAAUGUCAAAUGGGUGACGAGUGUCACAGAUUUUUUUACUGCGACCAAAAUUUUUGCUUUACUUGUUAUAUUUGCUACAGGUGCUUGGUAUUUGAUUAGCGGUCAUACUGAAUUAUUAGAAUCGCCUUUUGAUAAUUCAACAACUUCUCCCGGACAUAUUGCAUUGGCUUUUUAUAAUGGCCUUUUCUCUUAUUCUGGAUGGAAUUAUUUAAACUUUGUUACUGAGGAACUGAAAAAUCCUUACAAGAACUUACCUCGUGCCAUUUGCAUAAGCAUACCUUUAGUGACAAUCAUUUAUGUAUGCACGAAUGUGGCUUAUUUUGCUGUAUUACCGGUUAACGAUAUUCAAGCAUCACUAGCUGUUGCUGUUACAUUUGGUGAUAAAAUGAUGGGAAUGUUUGCUUGGCUGAUGCCACUCUUUGUUGCUUGCUCGACUUUCGGAUCACUCAAUGGUGCAAUUUUUGCAAGUUCAAGACUCUUCUUUGUUGGUGCCCGAAACGGACAUCUUCCAGCAGCAAUAUCAUUAGUAAACAUCAAAUGCUUAACACCGAUUCCUUCAAUCAUUUUUAUGUGCUUGAUAACAAUAAUUUUACUCUUUAUUCCUGACGUAUAUGCUCUCAUCAAUUAUGUGAGCUUCGUUGAAGCUUUGUUCAUCCUUAUGUCAAUUUCAGGUCUUUUAUAUUUGCGAAUAAAACAGCCUAAUGCAAAACGACCCAUCAAAGUUAAGUUAAUAUUUCCAAUCAUUUUUCUCGUCACUUGCUCUUUCUUGGUCAUUUCGUCUUGCUACGUUAGCCCGGUUGAAGUAGGCGUCGGAUGUUUAGUCAUAAUAUCAGGAAUUCCUGUGUAUUAUGCAACGAUAUAUCGACCCAUCGAUUGGCUUACAAGAUGGUCAGCUACAUUUAAUACAUUUUGUGGCAAACUUUUUCUUUGUAUGCCUAAUCAAGAAGAAAAAACUGAUUAAACAAUAUAAAUUAAACAUUUCUGAAUUUUCACAUUUUUUGCAAGUUGCAACCCAUCUACAAAUAAUAUUUUGAGUAAAAUAAUUUUAGUAGGAUUUUUUUGAAAAUUCUUAUAAGAUUUGUCAUUCAUAAAUGUUUGAAUGAUUUUCUUUUUAUAAUAAUUAUCUAAUGGUUUCAACAAUUUGUUAUUUUUUUGUUCAAGUACAUCAAAAAGAUAUCUGCC